AUGAGCCAUUCAUAUAUACUGUUACUCUUACUAUAUUUUACUCGACAUUUUGAUUAUUGGUCAAAACGGGGUAUAACUGGUCCGAAACCAGUCAUCGGUUUCGGCAAUAAUCUGCCGCUAAUAUGGCGCACGCGGGCCGAUGUCGAUGUCCAGCGUAUGAAUAAAUAUGGACACAUAUAUGGUUACUUUGACGGCAAUCUACCGGUGCUUAUGAUUGUUGAACCAAAUCUCGUCAAACAAAUCUUUGUGAAAAAUUGGCCAAACUUUAUAAAUCGGGCAAAUCGUGCCGUUUUAAGUACACGACAACAUCCUAUACUCUGUCACAAUAUAGAUGAAGCUGAAGGUCGGGACUGGAAACGGAUCCGAUCUAUAAUGAGUACAGCUUUUACAUCGGCAAAGAUCAGGUCAAUGAUGCCAAAGGUUAGACAGUGUUUGAAACAAUUGACAACAGUUAUGGACAGGUAUGCCGCCAGUGGACAGACAAUCAAUAUGAAAGAAAUGUUUGAAAACUCAGUGUUGGACACCGUAGCCGCCACUGUCUACUCUAUUGACUUGAACUGUGCGGUUACUCCGAACCACCCGUUUAUCAUAAAUAUAAAUCAGAUUUUGAAUCCCAAAUGGUAUCGUACGCUAGCAUUGCUUAUAUUACCGCAGUUUGUCCUUAAGUUGAUUGGUGUUAACCUACUGACCGACGAAACGUCCAACGAGUACUUCUUUCAGCUGACCCGUCAUAUUAUAAGUCAGCGAAAAGCCAACACUGAGACGGGUAGUAGUAGUGGUGGUAAGCGCUGGGACUUUAUUGAAUUGCUUAUGGAGGCCCACGCUGUUGAAGAUCAGACUAUUAAUGAUAACAAUAAAACAGCUGAAGAUAACUAUAAACUUUAUGAAAAGGGUAUGACUAAAUACUUGACCGACGACGAGGUCAUAGCCAACGCCUGGUUUCUGACUGUUGGCGGCUAUGGAGUGACAGUUAUUACCCUAUCGUUUGCAACCUAUGAGUUGGCCUGUAAUCAAAGUCUUCAGCAAAAACUUUACGAUGAGAUUAAGACAGUCGUCAUCAAUGAUGACAAUGACGACCGACAACUAGAUGUCAAUCGGCUGCAAAAUUUACCGCUACUCGAGGCAGUUGUUAGCGAAACACUGCGCUUGCAUUCGCCGGCUCUCAUUGAAGGCCGGAUUGCCGAAAACGACUAUCCAUUGGACGGCCAGCAAACAGGUAUAACUAUCAAAGCCGGCGAAGCGGUAGAGUUUGGCAUUUAUGCGAUGCAUAUGAAUGCCGACUACUAUCCAAACCCCGAACACUUCAAUGUCGACCGUUUUCUACCGGAAAACCGCAAUCAACUGAAUUCCUAUGCAUUUCUACCGUUUGGUUUGGGUCCGCGACAGUGUAUUGCCAAACGGUUUGCAAUGAUUAAUAUGAAACUAACACUCGCGACAUUGGUAUUGAAAUACCGAUUCAAUACAUGUUCACAAACAGAUAUACCACCCAAAGUAAUGAUAAGUAGUUUUUCAAAUAAACCAAAACGUAUUAAUUUGAAAAUUCAAGCUAGAUAA